AUGCGCGAUCGCUACCUCGAAGGGUUGAAGCCGGACAUAGCGGAGAUUAUUGCGAUUCACGGGUUGUCCACCUUCGAGUCAGUAGUCGCAGCAGCAGAACGCGUCGACGCAGGGGAACUGUCACUACUGCAAAAAGCCGGGACACAUGAAGCGGGACUGCCCACAGUUCAAGGAGCGGCAGCAGGGAAACGGAAACCGCCAGUAGAUAGCGGGUCGCUAGCUGGCGUGGAGGUUCCCGUACCCGCCACGUCUACCAACGUAGAGGAGACGGCCUUGCAGCAGUCAUCUACGGAGAACGAGGUAGACACUGUUGACCGACCAGUCGUGCUUCUAGGGAAGCUUCGCGGAGUUCCUGUUAAGAUUCUCGUCGACAGCAGAGCUAGCCACUCGUUCGUUUCGUCUUCAUUAGUUAGCCGUCUCCAUCUUGAAGCAGAUUCCUCAGUCAACUUCAAGGACGCUCGCAUGAUAGAUGGGACGCCUCUCCACAUAGGACCAGUCAUUCGCAAGUUGCGCGUAGUGCUAGGACCGAUCACAGUUAGGCGUGACUUCGACUCUGCGACGCUGGACGGUUACGAUUUCAUCUCGGGUAGAGAUUGGUUGCGGACGGUUUCGACUCAGUUCGAUUGGGCUCAGGGAAGCUGCAGCGUCAAGGUAGAUGGCGAGUUCCGGGAGCUGCCACAGUGGAGCGAUGGGGCCACAUCAUCCACAGCGAUCAUCAAUGCUGUUCGUGUGCGACAGCUGGUGAAGCGAGCGGCACGGAUCUUCGCGGUUUUCCUUGAGGAGGUGGAAGCUGAGGAGGGGAAAGGAGGGAGCGCAGCAGUUAGUGAGAAGGCGACUCUUCCUGCUGAGGUGAGUGCACUGUUAGCAGAGUUCGCAGACGUCUUCCCCGACGAGUUGCCCCCAGGGUUACCUCCUAGCCGAGCAGUCGACCAUCGAAUAGAGUUGGAGCCGGGGAGCAGGCCAGUAGCGAAGCCGCAGUGGAGGUUGAGUCCAGCAGAGACAGAGGAGAUGACGCAGCAGGUUAGGCACUUUCUCGCACAGGGGUUCAUACAGCCAUCUAGAUCGCCUUGGGCCGCACCGAUCCUUUUCGCGCCUAAGAAAGACGGAGGGUUACGGAUGUGCAUAGAUUACCGCGCACUGAACGCCGCCACCGUCAAGAACAGAUUCCCGGUGCCGAGAGUAGAGGAUCUUCUAGAUGCAGUGCAGGGCGCUAGAGUCUUUUCUAAGAUCGACCUUCGUUCGGGUUACCACCAGAUUCGUGUAGUUCCAGAGGACCAGCACAAGACGGCGUUUCGUACGAAGCAGGGGUUGUACGAGUUUAGGGUUCUACCGUUCGGACUGACCAACGCCCCAGCGACGUUCCAGACGCUUAUGAACACCGUCCUCUCCGAGUUCCUAGGUUCGUUCGUUGUCGUUUACCUAGACGACAUACUCAUCUUUUCCAAGUCGAAAGAGGAGCACGUGCAGCACUUGCAGAAGGUCUUUGAGGUCUUGCGGAGGGAGAAGCUGUACGCAAAGCAAUCUAAGUGCGAGUUCUUCCUCCCCGAGGUCGAGUUUCUAGGUCACGUCGUUUCCGCUAGUGGCGUUAGGACCGACCCGAAGAAGAUCGCAGCCGUACAGGAUUGGGUGGCACCGACCUCAGUCAAGGAGUUGCAGAGCUUCCUCGGUUUUGCAAAUUAUUACCGUCGUUUCGUUCAGGGUUACGCUUCCAGCCACUCACCGACCUACUUCGGAAAGGCGUAG